AUGAGUAUAAUAAACCCCUACAUACUCGCCACUCAGACUUUACAACAAAAAGGCGCUCUUAGCGUCUCUUCCGGGUUCAGCCCUUCUUCUCUGAGGCGCAGGUGUGUUUCUUCGACCUCACCUAGGGUUGCCUUUGGACUCUUUCGGCCCCACCACGGGGAAAGCAAGACCUGCAAGGCCAAUAACCUGAAAGGCAGAGUGGAGCCUCUGAACUUCCCAGUCUCUAAAGCCACAUUGCCAAGGGAUAAAAAGUGCAGCUCCUGCCCCUUGGCUCAAAAUGUCAGGUGCCAGGAGAAGGCAGUUAUUUUGGAUUGGUGUUCACAGGAAUUUGGCUCCCUUGAAGAGGCCUGUCUUGAACAGCAGGCCCUGGACAUCCUACCCGGAGAGAAACAGGGUGGGUACAUGCAGAGAGGAGGUUAUCGAAAUGAUGGGAGGUGGAGAGCGAGAUCUGGAUGGAGAAAAACAGGUUCUGCAACAGAAAGGAGGGGAGCUAGCAGUCAUCUUUCUGCUCAUGAGCUACAUCUGCUUCCCCUGCAUCUGCCUUUGGUCAUGAGAGUUGCCAAGGAGACAGAGCACAAGAAGAGGAGCAUUGCAGUUUCCCAAACCUGCUGUAAUCUCCCAGCUGGAGCAAGGUCAGGAGUUCGGUGGUUUUGAUCUGCAGGGAGCUGCUUUAAGAGAGGCCCCUAGGAGCUCCUGUGCAGUGUCAACUGUUAAGACCAAGAUGGGAAGGUAGGGAAUCAACUGAAAAACUGUCUUUUGAAAAUAGUCACAUUGAGUCAUCUUGACAAUACUCAGAAGAAUUUGCAGAAAAUUCACAAAGGCAUUGAAAGAUAAGAAUAGAAAUUCUAGGAAGAUGAACGACAAACCUAAGAAAAUCCUGAUUUCAGAACAAAAAAAUAAGGAUUUAGAGGAAAACUUGCAUCUUAACUUGAAAUAUGCCAAGUAUAAGAGAAUUUCAAAUGGGCACAAUUUCUGUGAAUGUAGCACAGAUUGUGAAAACAUCUACUGGCAGUUGGAUCUUAUUCUCCAUGGAAAAUGCAUGCCAAUGAGAGACUUUGUGAGUGUGAAGACUGUGGAAAACUUUCAGGGUGAUUUCAGCUCUCACAAAAAAAUCCACAGUGGGAAGAAACCAUGUAUGUGCGACCAGUGUCACAAAGCCUUCAUUGGGAACUCAGAUCUUAUUAAACACAAGGAAAUUCACACUGGAGAAAAACCCUAUGAAUGUGGGGGCUGUGGGGAAUCCCGACCCUCAUGAACACCACAGAUUCCACUGGGGAGAAACCCUUUGAAUGUAAUGAGUGUUAGAAAACCUUUAGUAGCAGAUCAGCCCUUUCUCAGCAUAGAGAUUCACAUGGCUGGAAACCCUACGAGUGUGUAACUGUGGGAAAGCCUUUAAGACUUGGAACUGCCUUACUGUGAAACAGAAAAUCCACAUUGGGGAGAAGCCUUGUGAGCUGACUGUAGCAAGCCCUUCCAGUUUAGGCACUGCCUUCCAGUGCAUCAGAGGAUCCAUAUUGGAGAGAGGCAGCUAUGAGUCUGCAGAAUGUGGGAGUUCAGACUUCCUAAACACAAAAUCCCUACUGAUGUCCGGAGUGUGGGAAGGCUUUCAGUUGCAGCUCUGACCUUACCAAACAUAAAAUAAUCGACGCUGGGGAGAAGCCUUAUGAGUGUCAAGAGUGUGGAAGAGCCUUCAGUUAUAGCUCGGGCUUUCAGUACCACAGAGGAGUCCAUACUGAGGAGAAACCCUUUGGGUGUAAUGAAUGUGGGAAGACCUUUUACCAGAGCUCAGAACAAUGUAUGCAAAAAGACUGCAUGCAGGAGAGAAACCACGUAAAUGUGAAAAGUACGAGAAAACUCUCAGAGGGGCUUUCUCAAGGAGCAGAAAAGAAGAAAGCAUACUGAAGAGAAACUCCCUGAGUAUGAAAAUGAAAAAUUAAGUCCAACAUCCUUUUGGCAGCCACAUCCACAUCUGCCUGCCUGCAGCACUGGACACUAAGGAGCCCUUAAUUUUGUGGGGGAGGGUGGGAAACAACCCUAUUUAAAAUUAUAUUCUGCCUCCUGGUAGUCUCAUUUGCUUUUUCCUUACCCUACUUCGUUCCAUACCUCAUAAUAAUUUCUAAUACAUAUUGACUUAUUUAUAAUGUUUAUUUUUUAUAUGUAUUAUCCCUCUGCUACAGUAUAAACUCUACAAGGACAAGGCCCCUGGUCUCCUGUUUGCUGAUGUAUUUGAGGUCACUAGAACCUUUCCAGGCAAAUAGAAGUGGUGGUGAUGGUGGUGGUGGUGGGGCACAAUAAAUAUUUUUUGAAUGGAAUGAAUUCUUCAUUUCCUUGAUAUGCUUUUUCUGGGUUACCCUUCAGUGUCUCCAGCCAUUCCAUUCCUCCUGCUUCUGCUGACUCCUUUUGGUUCCCUUAUCCUAAGUUGUGACUGUGUCAUGCUCUGGUCUUUAGGCAAGGGGUCAUAGUAGUCAGUAUCUUCUGACCUUCACUCCAAGCCUAUUAAAUGAAAUGAUACUCGCUAUCACUGUGUCAACAGUAUGUUUAUAUAAACCACACACAUGCUAUUUCUCUCUUCAUUGGGGGCAUUUCAAGGCAAAUCAUGGAAUGGGAAAAAUAAAUACCUAUGUUUAUACUA